UACCCCCCGGAAGAAUGACUAAUGUGUGCACUGUACAGUGAGCACGUUUGAGGUUCAAUCGGCCGUAUUUGGUUGUAUGUAUUUGACGACAGAAGGGAGAGAGAACGGAGCGGAGAGAGGGAGGUAGGGUAGAGUUCGUUGAGGGCUGCUCAGUGCGCACGGUUAUUUGACUUGAGAGAAAGAUUCGAAAGUCAUUUAAAAAAAAUAAUACAACAAAGUCUGCAUUUGAACAACGGAUGUUAGAGAAGAAAAUAUAAUAAGGAAUUCCACAUGGCAAUCUUUCAACUACUCCGGUUUUCUACGAAUACCUACUAUCUCCUGUUGCUUGUCCUGUUGUGCACAGUACAUAUUCUUCAGGGGUUCAACCUGGAUGUGCGGUUCCCUGUUGUCAAGGAAGGAAAGACCCCGGGAAGUCUCUUUGGGUUCUCGGUGGCACUUCACAAACAGAUGGUGGGAGAGAAAAGAUACCUACUCCUUGUUGGAGCACCCAAGGAGAAGGCAGAGUCUGGCGUGAAGGCCAAUGAAACAGGAGAUGUGUAUACCUGCCCUGUAAACGUUGCCCAAUCAGAUUGCACCAGGAUGAACCUGAUUGGCUCAGACCCUGACCUCAUUGAGGGUGAGGACAGGGUGGAGGAUAUGUGGCUGGGGGUAACCGUGGCCAGCCAAAGACAGCCAGGGGGGCGAAUUCUGACCUGUGGCCAUCGCUUUGUGAAGUUACAUGGCGUAUUGAAGCUGCGUCAGAUGAUUGGGAAGUGUUAUAUCCGUGGUAACGACCUGAACUAUAAUGAAACAGACAUGCACUGGCAGAACCCUGAUCAGGUGUGCAGCCACACUAAAGACAUCACAGGUGAAGUCAUGUGCAACAUGGGCAUCUCUGCUGCCAUCACUGACACAGAGGUCAUCGUGGGCGCCCCUGGCAGCUUUGAGUGGCAAGGCAAUGUUCAUGUCUCCUGGAUGAAUCCAAAUGUCAUCUACGACACCAAGAGAAGCAGCUUCCCCAACUUUGGUAAUCGACGGCACAUUUACAUAGGCUACUCGGUGGCAGAGGGCCGAGGCCUCCUCAGCCAGAGCGAGGACACAGUGGUGACAGGGGCUCCUAAGGAUAACAAGGAUGACGCCAAAGGCUCGGUCAUUCUGACUGUGAAGAAGUCGUCGACGUCAGGGGACGGGGACCAGCUGAAACCCUACCUCACCCUGAGAGGCGAGCAGAUGGGCUCAUACUUUGGGAACUCCCUAGCCGUGGCAGACCUCAACAAUGAUGGUUGGAUGGAUCUGAUCGUCGGAGCCCCGUUCUAUUUUGAUCGGAAGAAGGAGCUUGGUGGAGCGGUGUACGUCUAUAUGAACGAGAACGGCUCCUUCCGGCAGAACUCCAGCAUCAUACUCCGAGGCCCUAGAGACUCUGCGUUUGGAAUGGCUGUGGCUGCCAUUGGAGAUGUCAACCAAGAUGGCUUUCAAGAUAUUGCAGUGGGCGCUCCGUUCCAUGGAACAGGCAGGGUGUUCAUCUGGACAGGCAGUGCUGAGGGCAUCUCUCAGGAGCCCAGUCAGGUGAUUGAGGGGGAGGAUAUAGCUGGAGGUGGGUUCAAGACGUUUGGCUACUCCAUCAACGGGGGGCUAGAUGUGGAUGAGAACCGCUACCCCGACAUGGUGGUCGGCUCACUGGACGACCGCGUAGCCUUACUGAGGGCCCGCCCAGUCAUUCACCUCAUUAAAACUCUUGAAGUGACGCCAGGGAUUGUGGACCCUAAAGACUGUGACAACUGUGUGGAGGUGGAGGUCUGUUUCAACUACACACUGAGCACUGGGGACAAGGACUUCAGGAAGAACGUCACUGUGAAGUACACUGUGGAAGCCGACCUAACACGCCACAACCACCGGGUCCGUUUCCAAGACAAUGGCCUGGACAGCUACACUGGUUUCUUGUCAAUGCCAUCUGCCAAAUGCAAAACGCUGAGGCUCGGACUAGUGAGUCCCAUCCGAGACAAGGUGGAGCCCGUAGUCUUCUCCCUGAACGUAUCCCUCCAUGAGGGGCAUCCCAAAGCCCGGCAGUCCCUGCAGAACCUGGAUGCCUUCCCUGUGCUCAGUGAGGGAAAGGCCAGCCAUGUCAAAAAGGAGAUUCACUUCCAGAAAGACUGUGGCCCGGACAAUACGUGCCAGAGUAACCUGCAGAUGAAGGCAGAGUUUGCCAAUGAAGAGCAGACACCUUUUCCCAGCCAUGAUGGUCACCAGAUCCUCCAGUACAGCGCCAGUGUCAAGAAGGUCAUGUUGGUCGUGGACGUGAACAACUUCCAGUCGCCAGGGAAACCGGCGGAGGACGCUCACAAUGCCAUGCUCAACGUCACCAUUCCCCCGUCGCUGAUCUACUCAGCCUUUCGCUCAAAGCUAUGGAGCAACAGCCCAGCCAUCAAGUGUUCAGCAGAGGAUAUGGUUGUACUGUGUGAGCUGGGGAACCCAUUCACCAGCAACCAGGUGGAUCAGAUCCAGAUCAUCUUUCAGACGUCUGAGAUCAGUCUGGACACCAGAGAAAUUCGCUCUACGCUGCAGCUUUCCACAUUGAGUAAACAGAGCAAUCUACAACCGCUGCCUCUUGUCAUGGUGGUGGAGUAUACACUGGAUGCGUCUUUUGCACUUGCCCAGUACACAGGUCACACUCACUUCAGUGGGGAGAUCAUGGGAGAAUCGGGCAUGAAGACUGCCAGCGACGUCGGAAGUCCUGUGGAGUUCACAUUCAAGGUGAAUGUUUUUGGGAAGCCACUGGUUAACCUUGGAAACCUAGAGGUGGAGUUUGAUUGGCCCUGGGAGGUAGCCAAUGGCAAGUGGCUACUGUACCUGACGGAGAUCCAGACCAAAGGGACGUCAGACUCUUACUGUGUGCCUCCUGGAGCCAUCGUCAACCCACUCAAACUCAUGUUACCAGAGAGCAAAGCCAGGAGGAGAAGGAAGCGAGAGGAGGGCUCCACAGAGGAGGUGCACCCCAGAGAACUCCAGGCCUCCCUCAAUCUGAAGGGAAUUCGCAAAAAGUCAUUUAAACUGGACUGUGUCACGGGCACUGCUCACUGUGUGAAAUUCAUCUGCCCUCUCCGCAACAUGAACAACACUGCGACAAUCAUUGUCAGGGCCAGAGUGUGGAACAGCACCAUGCUGGAGGACUACAGGGAAGCGUGGCGGGUGACAGUGAAUGGCAAGGCCACACUGAAACUGGUCACAGACAAACCCACCAUCAGGAUGAACACUGAGAGCACAGAGUUCACCCUGAAUAUAGACCCAGAGCUGGGGGAGGAGGCUACGUACCAGGUCCCCCUGUGGAUCAUCAUCGUGUCUGCUGUCACUGGCAUCCUCCUUCUGGCCUUCAUCAUCCUCCUUAUGUGGAAGUGUGGCUUUUUCAAGCGGCCCAACCACUUCAAAAUGAUGCCAAUACACCAGGGAGUGAAGAUUGGCAAAGAGGAGCGCUACCAGGUAAAUGAGGGAUUCCUUAUCGAGGAGCCAAAUCCCAAUAAAAGAAAGAAGCACUGGAUCACAAACUGGACUGAAAUGCAACAUUACUACUGACUGAUACCUUCAACACUACCACUACUCUUAUUGAGAAGCUCCAUCUCAAUAUGCAUUGGCUGGGCGCAAGUCUGGAUUUGUGGACAUUAUUGGGAACAGGACUGAUGGUGUUAUGACUACCACAUUCCUUAUAGUGUACAAGAUUGAAUGCUCUGGACCGAAAUGUUAUUUUCAAGAAUUGUACUUUUAAUGUUAGUUGUUCUGAUGUCAACAAGAUUAUACACUGAGGGUACCAAACAUUAAAAACACGUUCCUAAUAUUAAGUUGCACCCCCCCCCCCCCCCCGUGUCGAAAGUGUUCCACAGGGAUGCUGGCCCAUGUUGACUCCAAUGCUUCCCACAGUUGUGUGAUGUUAGAUGGAUGUGCUUCGGGUGGUGGGCCAUUCUUGGUACACACGAGAAACUGUUGAGCGUGUAAAACCCAGCAGCGUUGCAGUUCUUGACACAAACCGGUGCGCCUGGCACCUACUACCAUACCCUGUUCAAAGGCACUGAAAUAUUUUGUCUUGCCCAUUCACACUCUGAAUGGCACACAUACACAAUCCAUGUCUCAAUUGUCUCAAGGCUUAAAAAUCCUUCUUUAACCUGUCUCCUCCCCUUCAUCUACACUCAUUGAAGUGGAUUUAACAAGUGACAUCAAUAAGGGAUCAUAGCUUAAAAUUGUAUUCACCUGGUCAGUCUAUGUCAUGGAAAGAGCAGGUAUUCUUAAUGUUUUGUAUACUCAAAUGUGUUUUUUUUGUAUGUGGAUUGUAAAAGACUAAUUUGAAACAGUUUUAGAUUUGCUAAAAGCUCUUUAUUUUUAUCUUAUGAUUUGAUCUUUCCAAAUGGAACAGACUGAUAUUUGCACGUCCUGUCAUUUUGUACUGUGGUUUGAAUAGAAAUGCUUUCAAAACUAUUUUAAAACUAUGCUUUUAAACUAGUAUGUGAUUUGUUUACAUUAAUUUUCUGAUGUAUUACACUGUAUGAGCCCAAGUUGAGUGAUGGAUGUAAAUGUGCCAAUAGAAAGUACAGUAUGUUUGAUCCCAGUGGCCUAAUUCUGAGGAAUGGAUCAGAGAUCGACUGAUGAAGUGGUUCACACAGUAGUGUUCCAAGGCACUACUGCCACUCCUGAACCAAGAAGAAAGGAACAUGGAGAAGUUUCAAUCACAGAGAAUUGUGAGGUCGGGGUAAUUUCAAAACGUUCAAUGUACAUGUAUUGUAAACUACAGGUCUAAUGGUUUGGUCAUUGUCUGAUUGCUUUGUUUGUGUGUAUUCUGUAAAAUAAUAUGAUCAGUCUAGAAAAUAGAGAGUAGGACUAUAAUUUCAGAACUCUCUCCUAACUAUCAAUGGCAUACACCAAAUUAAUUUGGAACUGGGAGCACUGUGCUUGGCUGUUAACUGUAUACAUGUCUUUGUUAGUAUGUGAAAGUAGGUAUUCCCACAUGAAAAAAAUACUAUAGCAUAUAUACUAUGUUAUAAAUACUACGGUAUUCACUCAAGUGUUUGAGGACUUUACUGUAGUAUUCACUGUAGUAUUUACAGUUAACUAUCAUAUAAAUAUUGUAGUAAAUAGUAUUUACUGUAGUGUUUUGCAGGCAUAACUGUAGUAUUUACUAUAGUGUUUUUGUUUUAUUCUCUUUUACAAAGAAGCAGAGGCUUUCUCCUUCAGGAAAACUCCUGGAGCACUACUACAUUUUCCAUAACCUAUUGGUAUCUGAAUCGAUAGUAACCUGUAGGGGCAAAAUAUAUGGUCUAUAUUUGGCAUUUAGGUUUCUCAUUUUUCAAUGGCACAAAUUGCAAUAUGGGGGAAGGGAAUAGUUAUUUGCAAAUGAAAUACUGUAGCAUUUACUGUAGUUCAAAAAGUGUAGUGUUUUUGCAUACUACAACAUUCUAUAGUAAGUUCUACACAUGAUCAAGGGAUACUACCGUGUGUAGGAUAGUAUACUACAGUUUGCUAUAAUUAUAGUGCAAGUACUGUAGUAUUAUUUAGUAAGUAUGUACUGUAGUAAUUUAUAGUAAACUGUGAUGUUUUUUUUAAUGUGGGUUGCUUAAAAAAAAGUGAAGUGUGAGCCUACAAAGCUCCCUAAAGGACAGCUAUUAACAGCUGGUACGUGGUGUGGGAAUUGGGGGCCAAUUGCCUGAGUGCAGUUUAAUGCUGUUCUGUUGUCUCUGUUUGUAGUUAUUUGUAUAGCGUCUCUGAUGCUUUUUUCUAUGUGUAUACUCAACCAUGAUGGUUCUAUUCAUUAUUGUUUUUUUCUGGUGUCUACUUCUGUACCUCAUUUAUAUUAAAGUAUUUUUACAUGCUG